UCAAUAGAGAAGAGUUUCUAAUUGUAAAAUUUUUAUCGACUCGAUAUUAUUGAUUAUAUUUAGACAUUUUAAAAGUAAAUGAAUGAAGGGAUUGCUUCACAAUGAACGAAGAGAAGACUGGUUUGGUAACCAUCAUUGAUUCCAUAGGAAAACCCAGAACAGCAAAGCUAGUCUUAACAACAGACACACUGAGUGUCCUGAGAGAGGAAAUAGUAUCAACUGAUAGCAAUGGAAAUGAUGAGAUGCUAAAUCAGAUCCGUGAUGUGUGCCUGGUUAGAGAUGACUCUGGAGGGUUAGGACUUGGACUUAAGGGAGGUGCAGAUUGUGGCCUUCCUGUUUUCAUAUCAAAAAUGCCCCCCAAUCUUCCAGCUUCAAAUUCUGGCAAACUACUGAUUGGAGAUGCUAUUCUAAAGAUAAAUGAUAUUGAAUGUGAUAAAAUGGAACAUGAUGCAGUCAUCGAGACACUGAAAUCUGCCGGACAAACUGUUCUUUUGACCGUCAGGUACUUCAAACCAGCCGCUCUUUUCCUGAAAAGGGAGUCACAAAGCAGUGCAAGCUCUCCAGGAAGUUCUCAGUCUCCGUCCAUCCCUGAACUUGAGCGACAGUGGGUAGUCUACGUCACUAUCCCCUUGCUGUUUGCAUACCUGUCCAGAUUCAUCCCAGGAACAGAUAAACUCAGAACUAAUGCCUUUGAGGUGGUUGGUGUGAAUUCUGCUUCAACGGGAGUUGUACAAUGUGAAGACAGUAGAUCAUUGGCUGAUUGGAUAAGAGCAAUAACCAAUAAUAUUUCAGCAUUGCUGACUCAUAUGAUAAAAAUGAGCAAUAGACUAUUGAUCCCAGAAGAUCAAGUUGUUCACAUGACAUGGACUCAGGAAAGGGUCUCUCCCAUGCGACACUUUCAAGCCUGGAAACCAAAAUUUCUCUGUCUGAAAGGUGCAGAAAUCUGUUUGUUUGAUGUUCCUCCAAUGCAGACAAGAGACUGGGUUCGCUGUGACACUGUGUUCAAAGUGUAUGAGUGCAUGUUUAAGGUUCUCAAGGAUGUUGAACUUUUGGAUGAUCGCCAACAUUGUUGUACCAUACACUGUGGGACAGGUGAAAAGUUUUACCUGAGCACAGAGAGUCGCUCUGAUCUCCUCCAGCUGGAGAAAGCCUGGUACAAAACCAACCACACCAGUAUAUCUAGCAUAAAGAGUAAAACCUUUGGUUGCACCUGGAGGGGACAGCUGUCUGGAUUGACACUAGAUCUGGAGUCUGGAUUUUCUCUGUAUGACAAUACUUUAAAGAGCUACAUGUGGACUUAUAAAUUCUCCCAACUCAAAGGCUCCUCCGAUGACAACAGAUCCAAACUGAGGCUUCACUUCCAUAGUGCAGAGAAUUCCAACAAUGUGGAAACCAGGGAAAUCCAGUGUUCCAGCCUUCACACUCUGCUUUACUGCAUCCAUGCCUUUCUGUCUGCUAAGCUGGCAUCAGUAGAUCCCUUGUUUCUAGGGAGCCAUUAAAUCAAAAGAGACAUCGACGAAGAACCGCAAAUUGUUUACGCAGCUAUUCUGCUCUUUUUUAUUUACAAAUUACGGAACUGUAAUAUUUUUCUGAGGAUCAUCUACAUUGUAGUUACUUUUAAGUAGAGGAGUUUGUUUUGUUGCAGUUCUCUAUUUUAUGUGACUGUAUAAUGCCAGAAAUUAAGUCCCCUUUCAAAAAAUCUCACAUGUCACAGUAACUGCUUGUUAUCAAAUCAUUUAGUAGUUAGUUUGAAAUGACAUUUGUCAUAGUUAUUAAAGCGUGCAUGUAUAUGUAUUUUCUUAAUUCUGUAGUAACAAUUUUAACUUUCAUGUA